CCAAUCUUAUCCUCUUCAUCGUUGUCUGAACGAACGGCGGCGCGAGUAUCCAGUCCAGUGAGGGAAAUUGCUUUGGACGGUGCAGCGCCGGCUAGCAAGGGCGAGGGCGGACCGGCAGAGGGAGGGGAGAUGGAGGGGCUGACGUCCAGCGAGAUCUCCGGCUUCGUGGUGGGUGCCCUGCUGCUCGGCGCCACCAUCGCUGCUCCCAAGGUCGAUGGCUUCAUUGCCUCCUCGCAGAGAAGGUCACUAGGUAUGUGCAAGAGGUGUGGUGAUCUUCGGAUUGUAGCAUGCUCGCAGUGCAAAGGAACAGGCUCAGCUCGGAACGGAGGGAUAGGCGUGCUAGAUGAUCUCUACGAGUCUCUUGGAGCUGAAGCCAAGACUGACAAUUUGGUUCCUUGCACAAGGUGCAGAUCCAGAGGUCGUCUCUUGUGUCCAGAGUGCUCUAAGAUCGCAUGAACCUGUAAUCAUGUACUCAGGACCAUCCCUAACGAGUAGUUUGGUCAGGAGUACCAUACACAAAAAGUGAUAUAGAAGUACUCCCUCUGUCUCGUAAAGACUCUAUCCCGUAAAGACUGCAAUUCUAGAGUUCAAAAUUUUCUUCUAAAAUAACUGCAAUUGUACUCCUAGCAUUCUGUGGUUAUCAGCUUGUGGGCCAUGUGGGUUGAUUAAAAAAUCUGACAUGCAUGCAA